GCCGGCUGGGCUUGCAAGCCCCGCUGAGGAGCCAGAGGUUGGGCAGUAGUUACCUCCGCAUCGGCGCCAGGCCGUUCUGGCCCCCUCAGCGGCAUGGCGUGCGGAGCGACGCUGAAGCGGCCCAUGGAGUUCGAGGCGGCGCUGCUGAGCCCCGGUUCCCCGAAGCGGCGGCGCUGCGCCCCUCUGCCCGGCCCCACUCCGGGCCUCAGGCCCCCGGACGCGGAGCCGCCGCCGUGUCACACGCAGACCCCACCGCCGACUCUGCAGCAGCCCGCCCCGCCCGGCAGCGAGCGGCGCCUUCCAACACCGGAGCAAAUUUUUCAGAACAUAAAACAAGAAUAUAGUCGUUACCAGAGGUGGAGACAUUUAGAAGUUGUUCUUAAUCAGGGUGACGUUUGUACUUCAGAGAGUCAGCCUCAUUCCUCAGCACUCACAGCACCUAGUUCUCCAGGUUCUUCCUGGAUGAAGAAGGACCAGCCCACCUUUACCCUCCGACAAGUUGGAAUAAUAUGUGAGCGUCUUUUAAAAGACUAUGAAGACAAAAUUCGGGAGGAAUAUGAGCAAAUCCUCAAUACCAAACUAGCAGAACAAUAUGAAUCUUUUGUGAAAUUCACACAUGAUCAGAUUAUGCGACGAUACGGGACAAGGUCAACAAGCUAUGUGUCCUGAAGCUUUUUUGCGUAUCUGGGUACCAGGUUUGACCUCAAAAGAUGGCUGCUGUGCACUUUUUGCAACUGGUUUGAUAGCACAUUUCAGCUCCAACUUUGCAUCCUGAGAACACUUAAAUGUUUUCUGCAGGUCCAUUUUAUACAACUUGAAAGACCUAAAACUUUCUGGUUGCCACAGCAUAUCUUUCUUUUCUGCGCAUCCAAUAAACAGCUGUGCCCUACUGUGA